AUGCAGGCGAAGAACAAGUCUCUACAUGCAGACGUAGUCCGACUCAAGAAGGAUCUCGAUGCUCGACGAAGUACGCCGUCUACAAAGAGCCCUGCUGUACUUGCUAAGGCCGAAGAAGUGGAGGCCCUCAACAAAGAGCUGAUUGUGGCCAAAGGCAGGAUCAGAACGCUGGUUUCAGAAUUACGAGCUGCCAAGCAAACCAUCCAACAACAACAGAAGCAGCACGAGGCAUAUCACUCUCAUCCUGCGCUACAGCCUUCUCCACGAGUAGACCUCCAAACACAGCCACUGCGGCCACAGUCUGCGCGUGCACCCUACACGCCCAGUGGUUCAGAGUACCGCAUCCCAGCAAAAGACCGGCCGUUACCUCGAUCCAAUUCUGCGGGGUCGUUUACUCUCAGUAGAACCCCAGUUGAUCCCGGCCCGAUGCUAGCUAGCCGCGAACCAAUCUCUCCGCGGCUUCCAGGCUCUAUAGAACGCGCUGUUAAUAGCGAGCUACGAAACAUAGACUACAUGAUCAAGCAAUAUGAAAAGUAUCCUAAUUUAGAAGACACUGCCCCCAAUCGCAUAUACCACGAACCGACAAGCGGGUUAAUAUUAGACGAAUCCGAUAGGCGACAUCUCCUAGGCGCUCUAAGUGAUGAGGAUAUUUCUGCGAUCCUAACAAUGUAA